AUGACCAAUAUAACGGAUAAAAGUCACAGUUGUUCACGCUGCAAGAAAAUUAUCGGCCGCGUUGUUAUGAAUUGUAAAAUAUGUCUUAAGGAUUUUCAUCCAGGUUGUGCCGACUCCAACUGUCACAAAAUUUACGAUAUAAAUAAUCAGUUAGUGAGAUGUAAUGGGCCUUAUACCACUUAUGAGGUUCAAUUGAAUGAAGAUAAAGAAAGUAGGGAUAUAAAUAAUAGUAAUACUGAUCAAGUGGAAAAAACCAGUGUUAAUAACUCUGUAAUUGCUGAUAUUCAUAAUGACAAUAAUACCACUGACAUUUUAAUGUCAAAAGUGGAUUCUUUAUUCAAUAAAAUUGAUAUUAUUCAUGCCAAUAAUAUAAGUUGCUUAAAAGAGAUAAUAAAAAAUGAAAUAAAAGAUCACGUAAAACACCUUACUAUUUCUCUGCAACAGACUGUGCAUAAAAAUUUGUAUGCGAUGAACAGUAAAAACAGUUAUAGUGAAAUUACUCAAAAAAAUCCUGUUGUGUCUAAUGUUGAUCGUCUAGUUGUCAAACCAAAUAAAAUUCAAGAUACGGAGGUCACAGUUAAGGAUUUAAAAAAUAAUAUCGACAUUGUAAAAUUAGGAGUUGACGUAAAAAAAGUAACCAAUCAAUCUAAUGGUAAAGUUAUAAUUGACACAGUAAAAGAAGCUGAUAAAAUAAAGCUUAUGAAUGAAAUUCAAAAUAAAAUUGGUAUUAAAUUAGAAAAUAGCAUACUAGGUUUGAGUGAAGAAAAAAUUAUACGUGAAUUGUCAACACAAAAUAAAUGGAUAAAUUCAAAUGGCAAUAAUCCGGUUAAAGUUAUUAAAAAAUAUGAAACUGCGAAUGGUUAUGGAUCAAUUAUUAUUGAGGUUAGUACGAGCAUUCAUCAAGCAAUAAUGAAUAGUGGUAAAGUCAAAUUCGGCUGGAAUUUGUAUAACGCAUACAAUCAUAUUAAUAUUUUAAGAUGCUUUAGAUGCUGGGGGUUUGGGCAUCUUGCAAAUAAUUGUAAAAAAGAAGAAAUAUGCAGGUUGUGUUCAACUAAUCAUCAUGAAACUGAGUGUCAGAGUGAAUCUAAUAAGUGCAUUAACUGUGUUGAAUUGGUCAACAAAUAUAAACUAACAGAUAUUGACAUAAAUCAUUGUGCUACUGAUAGAAAUUCAGUCAAUAUUUGUGGCCUGGUUAAUAGAAAAGAUGAGAUUGAUAUAGUAAUAAAUGAAAUAAAACCUGACAUUAUAUGUCUAUGUGAAACCCAUACAACUGAUGAUGUUUCGGAUUAUGAGAUUGAAUUUAAAAAUUACAAUAUGAUACGAACGAACACGAAUAACAGAAGAACUGGUGGAACUAUAACAUAUGUAAUUAAAAAUAUCAAGUACAAAGUGAUAUUAAAUAGUAAUGACAUUAUUGACGGAUCUUGGAUAAAUUGUAUUCAGUUUUGUAAUGGCAAUGAAAAAUUAGUACUAUGUAAUUUAUAUAGGUCACCUAGUAGUAGUAUAAAUAUUUUUUGUGAUAAAAUUUUGGAAAUAGCAGAACAAAUUAUGGAUACUGGAAAAUUAAUAAUGUUAGGUGAUUUUAAUAUUGAUGUUCGAAGAAACGAUUUUUAUGCUAGAAAAUUAACUGACGAAAUGUCUUAUUUAGGCUUGAAACAAAAUAUUGAGACUCCCACGAGACUGACGUUUGAUUCACAAACAAUUAUAGAUUUAGUUUUUACAAAUUUCAAAAUUAAAUCUGUGGUAAUGACAACACCCAAAGUAUCUGAUCAUAAUAUCAUUUAUAUUCAGAUAGAUGGGAUGAAUGACGUUGACAGUAAUACUAUUGUUUACUCUAGAGAUUUUAAGCAUUUUAAUGAUGAAGUUUUUCAAACAGAAGUUUUAAAUAAAUUCGAUAAUUGGCAAACGGAACUAUGUAUUAAUAAUAAUAAUAAUGAUUGUAUAAAUUUUAAUUUAACUGUAGAAAGAAUUAGUAGUAGUGUAUUAGAUGUACUUGACAAAAUGGCACCAUUUAAAGAAAAGAUCAUAAAUUAUAAAUGGAUUAAUAAACCAUGGAUUGACAACAAAGCUAUUGAAAUGAUCAAAAAUAAAGAUGAGUCUUAUAGAGUAGCUAUGAAGUCGAAAGAUAUAGCGGCAAUUAAUAAUUAUAAACUAUUGCGUAAUAAAGUAGUUAACGAACUGCGAACGAAAAAAAAACAGUAUUAUGAAAACAACAUCAGUAUUAAUAAAAACAAUCCACAUCAAAUAAAUUAUGAUAAUAGUUGUAAUAAGACUUCUGAAAAAAUUAAUGAGGAGCAAAGUAUAAUUAAAUGGGAGACAUUUGAUGAAGUUGAAUUUAAUGUAGUUGAUAAAAUUAUUAAUAACUUGGACACUAAAAAGGGAUCGAAAAAUGACGUAAACGCUAAUAUUUUAAAACUUGUAUGGGAUGUUAAGAGUGACGUGAUAAUAUACAUGAUAAAUAAUUCUCUCAAAUUAGGAUUAGUACCGUCUAUUUGGAAAAUAUCGACAGUUACACCCAUCCAAAAGGAAUUAGAGGUGUAG